ACAUUCCGAGAUCUACCAGUAGUCCCACCGCGACCGUAUAUUUUGCUCUAUAAAUUAGCCCAUUCACUCAUCUCCACAACUCGCGUCUUGCCUUCCCCCCUUCUGUAUCUCUACUCUCUCUCUCUAGAACGGGUCAGUGAUCUCAACUCCCCCCUUUCUAGCAAAGAAUAAUGGCAUCUCACAUUGUUGGAUACCCCCGUAUGGGACCAAAGAGAGAGCUGAAGUUUGCUCUGGAGUCCUUCUGGGAUGGCAAGAGCAGUGCCGAGGAAUUGGAAAAGGUGGCUACAGACCUCAGGGCAUCCAUCUGGAAGCAGAUGUCUGAUGCUGGGAUCAAGUACAUUCCCAGCAACACAUUUUCUUACUAUGAUCAGGUGCUUGAUACAACCGCAAUGCUUGGUGCUGUUCCCCCAAGAUACAAUUGGACUGGUGGUGAGAUUGGUUUCUCUACUUACUUCUCCAUGGCCAGAGGAAAUGCCUCUGUUCCUGCUAUGGAGAUGACCAAGUGGUUUGACACCAACUAUCACUUCAUUGUCCCUGAAUUGGGACCUGAUGUGAACUUUUCUUAUGCUUCACACAAGGCAGUGAAUGAAUACAAGGAGGCUAAGGCGCUCGGUGUUGACACUGUUCCAGUACUUAUUGGCCCUGUCACAUACUUGUUACUCUCCAAGCCUGCCAAGGGUGUUGAGAAAACUUUCCCACUUCUUUCGCUUCUUGACAAAAUUCUUCCAAUCUAUAAGGAAGUUAUUGCUGAAUUGAAGGCAGCAGGAGCUUCAUGGAUCCAGUUCGAUGAACCCACUCUAGUUUUGGAUCUUGAGUCUCACCAAUUGGAAGCAUUCACUAAGGCUUAUGCUGAACUACAAUCAUCUUUCUCUGGGCUCAAUGUUCUAGUUGAGACUUACUUUGCUGAUGUCCCUGCACCUGCAUUCAAAACCCUUACCGCGCUGAGUGGAGUUACUGGUUUUGGUUUUGAUUUGGUCCGUGGAGCUAAGACCCUUGAUUUGAUUAAGAGCGAAUUCCCUUCAGGCAAAUAUCUUUUUGCUGGAGUGGUUGAUGGAAGGAACAUCUGGGCUAAUGAUCUAGAUGCUUCUCUCGUCACCCUGAAGUCUCUUGAGGGCAUAGUUGGAAAGGACAAGCUUGUUGUGUCCACUUCCUGCUCGCUCCUCCAUACUGCUGUUGAUUUGGUAAAUGAGCCUAAGCUGGACUCAGAAAUCAAAUCCUGGCUCGCAUUUGCUGCACAAAAAGUAGUUGAAGUAAAUGCUCUGGCAAAGGCAUUGGCUGGACAGAAGGAUGAGGCAUUCUUCUCUGCUAAUGCUGCUGCUCAGGCUUCAAGGAAAUCCUCUCCAAGGGUGACUAAUGAAGCUGUCCAAAAGGCUGCUGCUGCUCUGAAGGGCUCUGAUCACCGUCGUGCUACAAAUGUCAGUGCCAGACUUGAUGCUCAACAGAAGAAGCUUAACCUUCCAAUCCUCCCAACAACCACCAUUGGUUCCUUCCCUCAGACCAUAGAACUCAGGAGAGUUCGCCGUGAAUACAAGGCCAAGAAGAUCUCCGAGGAGGAGUAUAUUAAGUCUAUCAAAGAGGAGAUUAACAAAGUUGUCAAGCUUCAGGAAGACCUUGAUAUUGAUGUUCUCGUUCACGGAGAACCAGAGAGGAAUGAUAUGGUUGAGUACUUCGGAGAGCAAUUGUCUGGUUUUGCCUUCACUGCUAAUGGGUGGGUCCAAUCUUAUGGAUCUCGCUGUGUGAAGCCGCCAAUCAUUUAUGGUGAUGUGAGUCGCCCCAAGCCAAUGACAGUCUUCUGGUCCACUGCUGCUCAGAGCAUGACCAAGCGCCCAAUGAAGGGAAUGCUUACUGGCCCCGUUACCAUUCUCAACUGGUCUUUCGUCAGAAAUGACCAACCAAGAUUUGAAACCUGCUACCAGAUUGCUCUGGCCAUUAAGGAGGAAGUCGAGGAUCUUGAGAAGGCUGGCAUUACCGUCAUCCAAAUUGAUGAGGCUGCACUGAGGGAAGGGUUGCCUCUCAGGAAGGCUGAGCAUGCUUUCUACUUGGACUGGGCGGUCCACUCUUUCAGAAUCACCAACUGCGGCGUCCAGGAUACAACCCAGAUCCACACCCACAUGUGCUACUCCAACUUCAACGACAUCAUCCACUCCAUCAUCAACAUGGAUGCUGAUGUGAUCACCAUUGAGAACUCUCGUUCUGACGAGAAGCUCCUCUCAGUCUUCCGUGAAGGAGUGAAGUACGGUGCUGGAAUCGGACCAGGUGUAUACGACAUCCACUCCCCAAGAAUACCCUCAACCGAAGAGAUUGCGGACAGAAUUAACAAGAUGCUUGCUGUGCUGGAAACCAACAUUCUGUGGGUGAACCCUGACUGUGGUCUCAAGACUCGCAAGUACACUGAAGUGAAGCCAGCCCUUGAAAACAUGGUUGCUGCUGCCAAGCUCCUGAGGACCCAGCUUGCCAGUGCCAAAUGAGCCAUCUUCAGUGAACCCCCCUCAUGAAUUCACCAGUUUGUUGCCUUCCCAAAUUUAAAGAAAUAUUUUCUUAUCAAUUUUAAUAACUGUCAUUGGUGAUGAUUGAUUAGGUUUACUGGUUUAGGCUCUCAGCCCAUUGGGCGCUUUAAUUUUUUCUUUUCUUGGUUUUUUUGGGGGCAUUGUCUUCUUUCUACUAUUGGAAUACUACUACUACAUUCAAGAAAUGCCUUAAUGCUUUUGGCUUAA